UAACUCGAACGCCAGCAGCUCGACCGACGAGGCGACGUGGCGGACUGGUGAAACAUGGAGAGCAGAAAGAAGCUGGUCCUGGACGCCGAAAGAAUCCAAGCCUUCGCUCAUCAUGUUCGCUGUGGUUUCUGCUUUGUUAUUGGUGUUUGUGGCGCACGCCACUGGUCAGAGUUACGAGCGUCAUGCGCCGUAUGUCCCACCUGUAGUGGUAACUGUAACGGAGACGAUUACGAUUACGGCCACUGAAACCAUCAGAAUCCCCGUGACUUCUGACGUAUGGGUGAGCACUGUCGUCAACCACCCGGUACCUGUGACUCACCUCGUCACAGAGUAUUCUUACGUUCCUAUCGAUGCUUACACCAAAACCAGCGUUGUCAUCGUUACUUCGACUCCCAUUUCGGUGGUGACACAGACAAGUCAGGUGAACUCAAUACGCACAGCGGUGUCGGUGUUCACGACGUUCGUAACAGAAACCGAGACGAAAGAGUUGUACCACACGAUCAGUCACCACGUAUAUAACCAUGAGUUCAGGACUGUUCCUGUGCAUUCCGUCCAGACCUUGGUCCAGCGUGUCAUCACUACUGUGAACUCCUUCACAACAGUUACUGUCACCCACACCACUUACGGUUACCAAUAGGAUGGAAAAAGAACUGGUUUUGAUUAAAUGCAAAUGAAAAAAAUAUAAAUGAUAAAAAUAUAACUAUAAAAAAUCUAUAUAAUAAAGGUAGCGGACAUUUA